AUGCAUCCCCACACUCACCUCCUCCUCGCCCUCCUCCUCCCUACAGCCACAGCAAAAUGUUACCCCCCCGGCGCAACAUUCCCAAUACCAGACUACGCCCUAGUCCCACCGCCCGACAUUAAACUCCCAACAAAUGCGGAAGCCCCCUGGCCGACGAACACAACCUCCUACGCCGUGCAGGUGACCACCGCCGAAAACACCAUAUUCUCAGCUUACCACACCGCCGAUAUACUCGGGGAGUACCGGGAUGGGGAGCCGAGCGAGGUCACCGGGGAUACGUACUUUCGUAUUGCGAGUAAUACCAAGGUAUUCACCGUUUUGGCGGUGAUGCUGACGGAGGGUAUGAGUCUUGAUGAUGGGAUUUUGAAGUACAUUCCCGAAUUGGUUGAUGGGGAGGGUGGUGUUGAGUGGGAGGACAUCACGCUAGGAGCAUUAGGAGGGCAUUUGGCGGGGGUUGUUAGGGAAUAUGCUGCGUUUGACCUUUUUGGACAUGGUGACGAAGGGGAUUUGCUCAAAGAUCCUGUAUCUCACGGCUUCCCACCACUACCCAAAUCCGCCGGCCCCCCCUGUGGGAUAACAGGGGGUGACGUGCAAUGCAUCUGGAAGCGUAUCCCCCACCUCUCCCCUCCCCUCCUCCAACCUAACAUGACCUCCAGAAUUCAUCUCCGGCUUCUCCGCCCGCCGCCCAAUGUACCCCCCGCAGACAACAGCAUCCUACUGCAACGCGGGCUUCAUGCUCCUCUCCCUCUCCCUCGAACGCCACACAGGGACUCCUUUCGAAAAGAUCGUUCAAGAAAAGAUACUGACACCCCUAAACCUCACCGCCACCUUCCACAAACCCCUCGACUCCUCCGGCGUGAUACCGCACGAACGCAACGACUGGCGCUGGGACGAGGGCAUCAAGAACGCGGCAGGAGGGCUCUACGCCAGUUCCACAGACCUCAGUAAAUUCCUUCGCAGCCUGCUAAACCACGGCGCCGGCCUAGGCGGCGUCGGGAUGACACGGGGCCGGAUGAACGGGUGGCUCAAGGGCGGCAGCAGUACGGGUAGUCUCUGGAGCGGAUACGGCAUGCCUUGGGAAAUGGUUUAUUCCAACACCCUAGCACCCGACGGGCACGUGGUUCCCGUGAUAACAAAAGGCGGGUCGCUAGCAGGCUACCUCUCCACCACGAUCAUCCUCCCAGACUACGCCCUCGCAGCAAACGUUCUGGUAUCUGGCGCUGCCGCCGCGAACCGCUACUUCCGGGACACCAUCAUCUCGCAACUAAUACCCUGGGCACACUCCCACGCCUUCUCCCAGGCAACGACAAAAUUCGCGGGAACGUACUCCGCCCUACCCACCACCAGCAUCAACACCACCAUAACGCUAACCACAACUCCCACCCUGCCGGGCCUAGGGGUGGAAACUUUCAUCAGCAACGGCACGGACAUGAAUGCCUUUUUCGCAAGCUUUUAUCAAGGCUAUGCCGGCUUACCCGCACCCGGGGAGGUGGCGCUUAGAUUGUUACCGACGGGGAUUGGAAGUGUUUGGAGGAUGAGUGUGAAUUUCACUCCGCAUGAAGAGAAGGAAGAGACGGUUUGGAGUAGGGCCUGUUUCACCGACAUCGAUACCUGGGCGUAUGCCGGGCAGAGUAUUACCGAGUUUAUUUUUCUCGAGGGGAAGGGGGGGGUUAGGGUGGUGGGUGUCGAGUUGCCGGCUUUUAGGAUCUCGUUAGUCAAGUUGGAGGUGGAAGAGAAGGAGAAGCAAACUAACGGUGAAUUGAAAUGAAUAUAAGGGUGCUUGGUACGUGACGUUUAAGCGGCGUACUUGUACUCGUACGUUACCAAACACCACGGCAGAAUUGUUAAAGUUUGAGAAAAUUCUUAA